AUGUCUUUUCAGAUUGAUACGAGUACUAACGGCAGAGAUAUAAAUGCUGUGUAUGAGCGAAUUCUCAAUGAUGAUCCCGCGUGUUCGUGGGCUGUUUUUGGUUACGAUAAGGGCAGUCAAACGAGAUUGAAAGUUGUGGCUUCCGGAGACGACAAAGACGAAUUCUUGGAAGAGUUUGACGAAAGUGCGGUUUUGUAUGGUUUUUUGCGCGUUAAAGAUGAAAAUACACAAUUGAACAAGUUUGUACUUAUUGGCUGGUGCGGAGAGGCCGCUCCUGGUUACAGAAAAGGCUUGUUCAACACGCAUCUGGCUUCUGUGACUAAGUUAUUACCGACAUAUCAUGUUCAAAUUACGGGCCGUUCUGCUGGAGAUAUUGAUUUCGACGACAUUAUGAAACGCGUCGCCGAUGCUAGCGGCAGCAAAUACACUCAUAGAGGCGAAAGCUUCGUUGCUUCUCGUCGUCCCGUUGCUUCUUUCCAACGUCCUCCUCCUGCUACAAAAUCAACUGCUCCUAAAUUACAACACCCUACCAUUGCUCCCAGUCUUCCUAAAAAGUCGACACAAACGAAAACAACGGUGGAUGAAUGGGCAGACACAAAAUCCUUGCCUCCCGUUCCUUCCAACUUGCGCAUUCCAGAAAAUGUAAAGCCAUCUAUGUCGUCUAAUGCCCCUUCUCUUCCUCCGUCGAAGCCAGCUACGAGCUCUAUUCCUACUCCAGCACCUUCAAAGGCUGUCGAGUCCCAACACGCAGAUUCUGCACAUUUGCAGCCGCCUGCAACUAGUUCCAUUGAUACUAACCGCCCUUCUUCUGCACUUUCAGCCUCUAGCCGCUCCACGACUGAGCUUGGUGAACUGCAGGCUUCAGGCGCUGUUGACCUUGAUGCUCGAAAAGCUCUCUUUGAACGCCCGGGUGCCCAGAAAUCGACACUUCCUCCUGCCCCUGCCCCUGCCGUGAAGCAUCAGAUAAAACGGGCUCCUACGGUUUCUGUCCCGGCAAAUGCUCCUGCUUCUGCUCCUGCUGCUGCCGCUGCUGCUGCUGAAGAGGAGGAAUCUCACCUCAGCGUUUCACAAUUACGCGCUCGUUUUGCCAAGCAAUCGGUUAACGAUGGUCACUCAUCACGACCUCGGGCUUCUAGCACCGGCCGCAACUCAACAGGCGUUGCAUCACGCAUACAGAGUUUGAAACGCUCCGUGACUGAACAACAAUCCGUUCCUCAAUUACAGCAACCGUCCAUUUCCAGUGCUCAAGAGACGAAACCAAUUCCAGCACCCAAUUUUCCUCAAGCGCCCGCCAUGUCGGAGACACCGAUCGCCCCGCCUGUCCCUAAAGCACCUGAAUCCGUUGGCGUUUCUUCUGCCUCGGUUCCUCCACUUCCAACUGCAUCCCGGCCUUCUGCUGAGGUAGAAACUUCAGUGCCUCCCCCCAUUCCUCAAGAACCAAGAAUGGAAAAGGAGCAGGAAGUACCAAUUGCGACAAAGCAGGAGGCUCCUGUAAUCCCACAGGCACCAGAGCCCGUAAAUGAGGAAGCUCCCAUCGUCUCUCCUGCACCACAGGUUGCAAAAGAAGAGGUUCCAGCCGUACCUCCUAUUCCUACAGCUCCCAGACCCUCAAAUGCUGUAGAAGAAUCUGUUGCACCCACUGUGCCACCUGUCCCUACAGCUCCUGCUGCUCCUGCUGCUCCUGUUACUCCUGUUGCUCCUACUGCUCCUGUUGCUCCUCCCGCACCCGCUGCUCCUGUUGCUCCUAUUGCUCCCACUGCCCCUACUGCCCCUGUUGCUCCUCCCGCACCCGCUGCUCCUGUCGUUGCAAACGUCGCCAAUGAGCCAGCUGUUCCAGCAAUCCCUGCAGAGCCUGUCGCUUCUUCACAUCCGGUUGUUCCUGGAGCCAUUGCUUAUGCUACAGCGCUCUAUGACUACGAGCCGGAAGAGGAGAACGAGUUGAAGCUUACCGAGAAUCAACGGAUUGCCAUUCUCGAGUUUGUCGAUGAAGGAUGGUGGUUGGGUGUCAAUGAAACUGGCGCUCAGGGUCUAUUUCCUGCAAACUAUGUUGAAGUGACCGAGGGAAACAAUCCUGCAACCACUGCUACCGCCCCUCAAACUUCUCAGUCUGCCGGAGAAGAGGAUUCUGGCGUUAUGGUGCGAGCUCUCUAUGACUAUGUCGCCCAGGAGGAUAACGAAAUUUCAUUCUUCGAGAACGACCUCAUAAAGGAAGUUGAUUUCAUUGACAAGGACUGGUGGGUCGGCACUUGUCACGGAAGACGUGGAAUGUUUCCUGCAAACUACGUCGAACGAAUUUAA